AUGAAAGUGAACCACAUUGAAGAAGUCAAAGAAAAUGUGCAAAGUGUUAUCGAUUGCUCUCUUUCAAUGACAUGGUUCCUUCUUCCUUUCACAGUUGACAGGUGUCAGAAUUCGUCUACUUGUCCUGCUUUUGCAACCUGUGAAAAUAUUUCUGGGUCCUACCGCUGCACUUGCAAUCACGGGUUUGCAUCUAGUUCUGGGGAGGAACACUUCACUGAUCCAACAGUGAAAUGCAUCGUUGACAGGUGUCAGAAUUCGUCUACUUGUCCUGCUUUUGCAACCUGUGAAAAUGUUUCUGGGGGCUACCACUGCACAUGCAAACGUGGGUUUGCAGCUACUUCUGAGGAGCAACACUUCACUGAUCCAACAGUGAAAUGUGUCGUUGACAGGUGUCAGAAUUCGUCUACUUGUCCUGCUUUUGCAAACUGUGAAAAUGUUUCUGGGGCCUACCGCUGCACCUGCAAUCGCGGGUUUGCAUCUAGUUCUGGGGAGGAACACUUCACUGAUCCAACAGUGAAAUGCAUCGUUGACAGGUGUCAGAAUUCAUCUACUUGUCCUGCCUUUGCAACCUGUGAAAAUGUUUCUGGGUCCUACCACUGCACCUGCAAUCGCGGGUUUGCAUCUAGUUCUGGGGAGCAAAACUUCACUGAUCCAACAGUGAAAUGUGUCGGUGAGUAUCAGCUCCAGAGCACUGGUAAGUGA